CAACAUUCGAGUGAGGAAUAGGACGGCGUCCGGUACAGUUCAGGAUUUCUAUGUUUUAUUUAGCCAUUUUUUGUUUUAGUUUUGUUUUGAGUCAAAUUGCUUUCAAAUUUCAAGCGAGCAUAGAAUGGCGUUCGACCACGCACAGUUCGACCGCGCACAGGACAACAUUCGAGCAAGGAAUAGGACGGCGUCGAGGACUCGAGUACAGGAGUUGCCUAGUCGUCCACUGCUUCUACAAGCAAUUAUGUCUCCUGCAACAAAACUUGUUCCUGUGAUUACAGCAGUGAUAUCCUUUAUGUCGUUCUUCACGAAUCAUAAGAUACAACUCGCUGCAGCUAGGCUGCUCUCUGUGUUAUUCUUUGUUGGGGAUGAUUCAAACUCUUGUGCAUUCGGCAAUGCAUAUUUUGGUCUUGAUGAAAUGCAGAUUCAUAAUUUUAAGAAUGCCAUUUGUAGCAUUCUUUGUGAACAGACUGAUGCAAAUGAUGAUAUAAUAGUUGCUACAUUCAAGAUGCUAACUUCUGCUGCAACAAAUCAAGCAUCAUUUCUUUCCGCUGUGAUUGCCCCCGAAGAGAAUGCGAAUUCGCAAGCAUACGUUACUGACAAAAAUCAAGCAUGUCAGUACAUAUUACGGUCCAAGGAUGCGAAUGUAUUGAAUACUAUUUCUCUACAUGUAAAGGAAUCUGCAGAACGAACGGAAAACAACCCCAAAGUACUUUAUAAUUUGCUGAACUUCCUGAAGGCACUGUGGCAAGGAGCUGGUCACUACAAAAAUAUUUUGAAGCAGUUAAUAGCCUCAGAAUUCUGGAGACAAAUGUCUAACUCUUCCUGAAGGCAGUGUGGCAUCGUUUAUUAUUAUGUACUAAGUUGUUACUUGAACUUGUUGAACAUUUGUGGAAGAAUUGAAAAAUAGUUUGUGUUAUUGUUUUAGUUGGAUCAAGUGAACAGUGAAAAAUUGUGCUA